AUGGCACCUGAAAACACCAGCAAUUUCACUGUUCUGCCAGACUGCUCAAAUCCUUCGACAAUCUGCAGGGAAGAAGAUUACUCGCAGCUGAAAUUCUAUAUCACUGUCCUUUACAGCCUAAUGUUCCUUGUGUGCUUCCCAGGGAACAUCGUGACAAUUUUUGUUUACUUUGUCAAAAUGAGGCCCUGGAAAAACAGCACUAUCAUCAUGUUAAACCUGUCUGUCACUGAUAUAUUCUAUGUAGCCACUCUUCCUUUCUUUAUACACUACACUAUUAACGGAUACAACUGGAUUUUCGGAGACAUCAUGUGCAAGAUUGUUCAUCUUUGCUUCUACUUCAACAUGUACAGUGGUAUAAUCUUCCUUAGCUGCUUCAGCAUCUUCCGUUUUAUUGUCAUUGUCUACCCAACUAAAUGCUUUUUUCUUCAAAAGCGAAGAUGGGCAGUGGUGACUUCCGUAGUCAUUUGGAUGAUUUCCGGGGCAAUCAUCAGCCCCUUGGCCAUCUUGAUUGCCACAAGGAAUAGCCGGAACAAGACUAUGUGCCCAGACCUGGAUUCUGUUCAGGACCUUGUCACUGCUCGGUGGUAUAACUGGCUGUUGACGGUAUUUGGCUUCUUCUUGCCCUUGCUGACGGUGACUCUGUGCUACGUGCUCAUUAUUUACGCCUUGGCAACAGGGUUCCAUACGCGGGCUUUCUACAAACAGAAGGCUCGCAGACUCACCAUUGUCCUCUUGUUGGUCUUUUAUGUGUGCUUCCUCCCUUUCCACAUCUUCCGAGGGGUUCAGCUGGAGCUUCGAGCACAACCUAUUAGCUGCCACUUGAAGAGCAUUAUCUGUUUUAUGCUUGUAUUAUCUAAACCUUUAGCAGCGUUAAAUACUUUUGGAAACUUACUGCUCUAUGUAGUGUCAGGAGACAGCUUCCAGCAGGCGAUCCUCUCACUCUUCAAGUUUUGGCCAAAUAAGAACUUGAAGUAG